AUGCGUUAUAUACUUGAUCAGAAGGAUAAUGCUAUUCUUACGACCAUACAAAACCUUUUUGGAUUUGGUAAAGUAACCCUUAGAUCCAAAACGGACGGUGUUUAUCGUUACACAGUUACAGGGUUCAAAUCAAUGAACGAUGUGAUAUUUUACUUUAAAGCAUUUCCAUUACUUACAAAGAAGGCCCAAUCUUUCGAGAAGUGA